UUUUUGGUGUUUAUUUUUUUCCUUUUCAUUUUCCAGGCUGAGAAUGAGACCAGUGGCUGUUUGCUGAUGAACAGAGUCCUAGAAAAGUAUUAUCUCUCCACCAUGUACAGCCUUGAGUUCAUUUUAGGCUUCAUUGGAAACACCAUCGUGGUGUUCGGCUAUGUUUUCUGCCUUAAAAACUGGAAAAGUGGCAACAUCUACCUGUUCAAUUUAUCCUUAUCAGAUUUGUUAUUUCUGUGCACUCUGCCAAUACUGGUGAGCAGCUACUCCCGAGAUCAGUGGGCUGAGAGCAUCCUGUGCCACAGCAACAGAUUCUUGCUGCAUGCCAACCUGUACAGCAGCAUCCUCUUUCUCACUGCUAUCAGUGUUGACCGGUACAUGCUCAUAAAACACCCCUUCAGAGACCACAUCCUACAAAAGAGGAGAACAGCUAUUGUGGUGUCCAUUUCCAUAUGGAUCGGGGUGAUCCUGGAGCUGCUGCCACUGAUGCAUUUCCUUGAGCCUCUAACACCUGCCAAUAAUUACAAGUGUCUUGAUUAUGCAAGUUCUGGAGACCCCGCAGAAAACCUCAUCUACAGCAUGUUCCUGACUGUCUUUGGGUUCCUCAUCCCUCUCUUGAUCAUGUGCUGCUUCUACGUGAAGAUGGUUCGUUUUCUUAAAAACAGGAGCGAGCAGCUCAGUUCUCCCCUGGCCCUGGAGAAGCCUCUUACUCUAGUGAUCCUCACUGUGGCUAUCUUCUCCUUGCUCUUCACUCCCUACCACAUCAUGCGCAACGUGCGUCUCGCUUCCCGGAUACCAGCCUUGGACGUCUCGGAGUGCACACAGGGCAUCAUCAGAGCCGUUUAUGUCAUCACGAGACCCUUUGCCUUUCUAAACAGUGCCAUUAACCCUGUUUUUUAUUUCCUGAUGGGUGACCACUUCAGAGAGAUGCUGAUGGCCAAAACAAGGCAGCUCUUGGGCAGGCUGACAACCGCCGGGGAGUGA